UCAUCCUCACAUUGACAUUACAUGCUGUUGUUCAAUAACAUUUGUAGUCCUGUAGCUCUGUAGUUCUGUAACGAUGAAGCUCAGCGGAGGAAAUUAACCCAAAACUUUGUGCUUUUGACUGAAGGACUGGGCGCGGGUCUGGUGGAGGAUGUCUCAGCUGCUGAGGCUUCUCUCGGCGGCCGCCCUGCCUCUCUGCCGGGCUGGAGGAGCCCCGGCUCGGUUCUCCGCGGUGACGGCAGGUCGGCUCUUCACAGCCGGAUACCGAAGCUCCGCUGCCUCGAAGGCCUGUCGGACUCCAGCUAACUUCCUGUCCUGUCGCAGAUUCCAGGCAGCUCAGCGACGACUUUACGCCACUGAACCCAAAGAUGGUAAAGGAGGAGCACCAGGAGGGGGGAAGAGAGGAGGUAAAGGAGGUGGAGGAGGAAAAGACUGGUGGAGCCGAAUGCAAAAGGGUGACUUCCCCUGGGAUGAGAAGGAUUUCCGUUACUUGGCGGUCACCAUGGCCGGAGUCAGUUCAGUUCUGCUCUACUUGUACUUAAGAGACAACGGCAGAGAAAUCAGCUGGAAGGACUUUGUCCACCGCUACGUGAGCAGAGGAAUGGUGGAGCGGUUAGAGGUCAUCAACAAACAGUACGUCAGAGUCAUCCUGGUGCCGGGAGCUGACACUGAAACGAGCUAUGUUUGGUUUAACAUUGGGAGCGUCGACACAUUUGAGAGGAACCUUGAGGCGGCGCACAUGGAGCUCGGCCUGGAGCCGUCACACAGACCGGCCGUCGUCUACAGCACUGAGAGCGACGGCUCUUUUCUCAUCAGCAUGGUUCCCACCCUGCUGCUGAUCGGCUUCCUGCUUUUUACCCUGCGGCGAGGACCAAUGGGAGGAGGCCCCGGUGGCGGGAGAGGCGGGCCGUUCAGCAUGAGUGAGUCGACGGCGAAGAUGAUGAAGGAUAACAUUGAGGUGAAGUUCAAGGACGUGGCCGGCUGCGAGGAGGCCAAGCUGGAGAUCCUGGAGUUUGUCAACUUCUUGAAGAACCCACAGCAGUACCAGGACCUCGGAGCCAAGAUCCCCAAAGGUGCUGUGCUGUCUGGACCUCCAGGGACAGGGAAGACUCUUCUGGCUAAAGCCACAGCCGGAGAGGCCAACGUCCCCUUCAUCACUGUUAAUGGCUCUGAGUUCCUGGAGAUGUUUGUGGGCGUCGGUCCUGCCAGGGUGAGGGACAUGUUCUCCAUGGCGAGGAAGAACGCCCCCUGCAUCCUCUUCAUCGACGAGAUCGACGCUGUCGGGAGGAAGAGGGGUGGAGGGAACUUUGGAGGGCAGAGUGAACAGGAGAACACCCUGAACCAGCUGCUGGUGGAGAUGGACGGUUUUAACACGGCUACUAACGUGGUGGUCCUGGCUGGAACUAACAGACCUGACGUCUUGGAUCCUGCACUGAUGAGACCGGGACGAUUCGACAGACAGAUCUACAUAGGUCCUCCAGACAUCAAGGGCAGGGCGUCCAUCUUUAAAGUCCACCUGCGACCGAUCAAACUAGACCCCAACAUGGACAAAGAUGUUCUCGCCCGGAAGAUGGCUGCUGCCACACCGGGAUUCACAGGUGCUGACAUCGCGAACGUCUGUAACGAGGCAGCACUGAUCGCUGCCAGACACCUGAACCCGUCUGUCAACGCCAAACACUUCGAACAGGCCAUCGACCGAGUCAUCGGAGGUCUGGAGAAGAAGACUCAGGUCCUGCAGCCCACAGAGAAGAAGACUGUAGCGUAUCAUGAGGCUGGUCACGCCAUCGUGGGCUGGUUCCUGCAGCAUGCCGACCCCCUGCUAAAGGUGUCGAUCAUCCCGCGGGGGAAGGGUCUGGGUUACGCUCAGUACCUGCCCAGAGAGCAGUACCUGUACAGCAGGGAGCAGCUGUUCGACAGGAUGUGCAUGAUGCUGGGAGGCCGCGUGGCCGAGCAUGUCUUCUUCAGCAGGAUCACCACCGGAGCUCAGGACGACCUGAAGAAAGUCACACAGUCCGCCUACGCUCAGGUGGUGCAGUUUGGCAUGAGCGAGAAGGUGGGCCAGGUGUCGUUCGACCUGCCCCGGCAGGGCGAGAUGGUGAUGGAGAAGCCGUACAGCGAGGCCACGGCCGAGCUGAUCGACAAGGAGGUCAGAGAGCUGGUGGAGCGAGCAUACCAGAGAACAUUGCAGCUCAUUGAGGACAAGAAGGAGCUGGUGGAGAUGGUUGGACAGCGUCUCCUGGAGAAGGAGGUCCUGGACAAGGCGGACAUGUUGGAGCUGCUCGGCCCGCGGCCGUUUGAAGAGAAGUCGACGUACGAGGAGUUUGUGGAGGGGACGGGAAGCUUCGAGGAGGACACGAGUCUGCCAGAGGGUCUCCGAGACUGGAACCAGGAGAGAGGAGGGGAGGCAGAGGAGUCGAGCCCGGCUCAGGACAAACAGCAGGCCGCGUAGAGAAAGGAAAAAACAGACGCUUCACAUCCCUGCUGCAAAAAAAAACUCACUGCUGACUCAGUUUCACAGAGCCUGGGAGGUGUUGUUUUAUAAAAUAUUUCCAUAAAUUAAUAAUUCAUGCCCUCAAUUUACUUUGGGUUCCCCAGGUUAAUAAUUCAAACACUCAAAUGACUGAAGUCAUUACAAAUUACCAGCAGCAAUUCUCAGUUUCAUCCAAUUUGUCCCUCUGUGGAUUUGAGUCAUUUUGUGGACAUAUUUCAGUUUCAGUUCUUUUCAGAUAGAUUUACAAGACGAGGGGUCAAAUCAAGUCAUUUAAGAGUGAUUGUUAAUACAAGUAAUGUAAACUUAUAAAUAACUAAUUUGAGGUAAUGUUUGGUCAGACGUUUUCCACCAGGCUCUGUACAGUCUCCUGUCGAUGAGACUGAGGCUGCGAUCAGUUUGUUUUUUCACCACUCAGACUCCAAACCGCCUUAAACAGGAGACCAACCAACAACAGACUGACUUUAAUAUUCCUGAGCUGAGUGUAAAUGAUGCACAUUUAGUGUGCGGACAGACUGAUUCUUAUUAUUUAUUUAAUAAAAAGGGGGUUCUGCUCCCUGACUGACAUUCUCACGAAGAAGAGUCGAACGCAGUCUGAAGAACUUCUCUGCAGCCAAAUGAAAACAUUUCUAUAGGUUUAAAUAUUUUGAGAAUUGAUGUGAAGUUUAUUUUGUUCUUAGAAUAUUUCAAGGUUCCUGCUGAACAUCUAACUCUGUCCACCACACCACAUCGAUGCUGGAAUAAUGACGACUCAACAGGAAGUUUUCAUACUGAAGGAUUUCUGCUGAGAAAUUAUUCACUUAAAGGGAAAAUCCCCCUUAAACAUGAAUACAACAACAUACAAGAUCUUUAGCCUCAGCACAUUUUUCCCAAACUGAAUUCUGCCCAUAGAAAAUUUUCAUUUUAUUAUUAUUAUUAUAAAUCAACCAGUUAAAUUUAUCUUACAAUCUGUGGCAUCAGGCGGAUAUCACUUCUGCUUCUGUGAAAAAAUUAUAUGAUUAUAAUGACUUUAUAAACAUAAAAUGACACUAUUAUUACGCUUUAUUACAGGUGACUUCCUCCCUUAACUUCUGUAAAAAUAAGAUAAAAUACAUCAUAUCAUCAUAUGUGAGUCAGUGGGUAAAAAAGAUUUUUUUAUAAAAGCUAUUUGAAAUUUAAGAUUUUAGUGAAAUCUGCACAAAAUUUAAGACCUUUUUAUUUACAUCAAUUUAGACUUUUCAGGACAUGAAACAUGUUAUUGAUGAAUAAUAAUAAAAAUCACACACGCCAAAGUUCAAACCGUAUUAAGAAUUCAGACAAGGCUUCCAUCUAAAUGCUGAAGUGAGACUACUAUACUAAAUAAAAGUUAUCACAGAGUAUCUAUAGGGGGAUUUUUUCACAUUAAUGUCACAUUAAUGUCAUUAGUACAGUGUCCAGCAGGCGGUGUCCUCACUGUCAACAGCACGAGGGUUUGACUGACUCAAUGAAACAAAGAAGCUGCUUAAUCUGAACAGACUCUGGUCUUUAGUUGCUGUAGAUCUUAGUAACUAAGUGAAAAUAUUAAACACGUUCAUCAGUCGAACUCUCCUGUACAUGAACUGUGUGUUUAACGUGUUUGCUGCUGAAGCCCCCCAAUCCCACCACUCCUGUGACCUCACGUUAUGACACAAGCAUAGAAGGUUGUAUGAAUGUGAAUGUAUGUAUAACUUCCGUCUUCUGUGCUGUUUAGCAGCCGUCAGUGACGUGGUAAAGUAAAUCUUCACCUCCCGUGAUGAAAAUCUCAGCUUGAAAGUUGUCAAAGCACGAGAGCUGCAGAUAAUAAUACCCAGCUUUGUUGGAGAGACUUGGGAAACAGAGCUCAGAGGUGAAACAAUAAAUAAUAAAUGUUUAAUUACUGCAGAAGAAAUAAAUAAAGGGCAAGCUACUCUGGAAGUGCAGUUAGCCAGAGUUAAUGCAAGAGGCUAAUUUUCUUUAUUACUUUCAGUCGGACUGAAGUGAUUCAUUCAAACUGAAGUGAAUUAGGAGGCUGCAGGUCUGUUUGUUGGAUGCUGUUUUACUGGAGUCACGUUUCCUGAAUCUCUACAACGUCAGCAGGACACAAUCAGAGACACGAUAUGUAAAUAAGGUUGGAGUACAGGUGUGAGAUCACUGUUGGAUGUGGUUACAGGUACGACAGAGAUGGAACAGGGUUGAAACUUGUUUAUUUUCUUAAAGUUUGAUUACAGUAUGCUCACAGUUAUUACAGUUAUUUAAUUGGACAUUCUUCCUUCAAGCAAAACAAACCAAGUUUUACUUGUAAUUUGACUAUUCAUAGAAAAUAAUUGCAAUUUAAAUUGUGAUUUCUGACUGAACGCCCCAUCAGGUCACCAUGAGGGAGGUCGUGGACCUGAUGAUGGAUCUCUGAAUCCUCUGCAGUGUUUUGUUUUUUUUAAUUGGAGGAGGUUGUCAAGGCAACUAGAGAAUAAAACUAAGAGACCCGACAGAUGUGUAAAGGUCACCUGAAGUCAGCACAUGCAUCACUGUACAAGCACAGACUGCAGUUUGUAUUAAAGUGUUUCUUUUGUCAGAA